UGCCUUCUAAAAACAAUAAUAAAACCCUAAAGCCUUUUCUAAUCAAAUUCGCUUGACCGUUUUGUCCCUACUGCCUUUUUCCAAAACGCUCCUGCUCCUCUCUCUCUCUCUCCCCUUGCAAUGAAGACUCUUUAACCAAAUCUCUCUUACUAGAGAACCCAGUAACCGCUGCUUUGAAGAAACAGGAAACGAGAAGAGAAAGGGACUUUCUCUAAUGGGUUGCUUUCUUGGGUGCUUUGGUUCCUCUAAGGAUCGCAAACGCCGAAAACAGAGGCACAAGGUUCAACCUCGAGAACAGCGAAAUGUAGGGUACACUCCAGUACAAUCUGCUGUUUCUUUGGUGCAGAACAAACCAGAAAAACCCACUAACUCAGUUUCUGAAAUCCGGGAUAAUCCUGAGGAGCAAUUGAGCUUAAGUGCUCGAAAGAAAGUAACAUUCAAUUCCAAUGUUGUAACCUAUGAGCACAUUUCAGUUGAAGAAUCAACUGAGUUUUCCUCGGAGAAAGGAAAUGGAGGAGAAAGGAAGGAGGACAAGGAGAAGAAUUUAGCAAAACCAAGCCAAUCUCAGUCCUCUUCUGAAGAUAGUUCAAUCACUUCGAGCUCAUCAGGAUCGUAUCCUUCCAGUCAUAGAUACCAGAAUUGCAGAGACAGUGAUGAUGAAUUAGACUAUGGAGAAAGUGACAUUGAAGAUUAUGAUGAUGAUGAUGAUGAUGAUGAUGAUAAGGAUGAAGAUAAUGGUGUCCUAGAUUAUGAAGAUGAUGAAAUUUUUGAGUCAAGGUCUAAAGUACCUAUGGUUAAAGGGAAAUUACCCUUUACUGAGGAAGUUGAUAGUCCUGCAGUGAUAAGUAGUCUGCCUGAGAGGGAAGUGAAGCCAAAUCCAAGUGCUCGAGAUAGGAGUGCGUAUGUGAAUUCUGUGUUAAACCCAGUUGAAAAUCUUACUCAGUGGAAGGCUGUGAAAGCAAAAGGGACACCAACAUUGAGGCAGCAGAAAGAAAAUUUCACACUAGGUCAAGAACCGCGGAAUUCAUUUAGCUCUGAACUUAGUUUUGGGGAAUUGUCAUUCAGUUUCAAAGCAAAUUCUAAUCAAUCUAAGAAAUCAAACCAAGAAAUGGCAGUGGAUGCUAGCUUAUCUAACUGGUUGGGUUCAUCCGAUAGAACACCAGUUAACAAGCCUAGUAAAAUUGGUUUAGAUACCAUUACACCUGAAAAAGACAUGUCAUUGGGAUCAAAUUCUCCUGCAAGCUUCGAAGAUAGACCUAUUUUAGGAGCAUUAACCCUGGAAGAGCUUAAACAAUUUUCGGCUUCUUCUUCGCCAAGGAAGUCACCUAGUCGUAGCCCUGAUGAGAUGCCUAUCAUCGGAACUGUUGGAACCUAUUGGAAUAACAAUGGCUCUGGCAAGGAUUCUGGCUCAGCUUCUUCUUUCAAAGGAAUACCAAACACAACCAGCAAGUAUAGGGAGGACAAGAGAGUGAAUUGGCAUUCUACUCCAUUUGAGACCAGGCUGGAGAGAGCUUUGGGUGGAGGUGCUUGCGCUUCUAACGAUAAAUAAACAAUCAUAGACUGCAGUUUGUUUGUAUCUGUCAUCUCCGUUUUGUUGGUUUGGCUUGUGAAUCCAUUAUUAUCUGUGAAAUACGUGUUUCCUGUUGUAUUCUUUUAUUUUUCUGAUUGAAGUUUGAUUGUUCAUACAAUGUAAUUCAAUUAAUUUAAUUCUAUCCACUUUUUUUUUUUUUUUCUU